AUGUACCAGGAACAAAUUGUUAGUGCUUUAGACCCCCAUGACAAACUGGAGGAGACGAAACAUGCAAAGAUCACACAGGCAAUUGUGGAAUGGUUUGAAAGUUGGCAGAUGUGGCAACGUAAGAUAUUGAUAACAGGAAUAAUUAAUAGAUUUGAAUACAACCAACUUCGAGGACUUCUCAUGGCAGUCGAAUCUGUAUUUCAUAAAGAUUUCACAACAAUUGUACAGAAUGUUUAUCCUGUACCUGAAGAUGAAAUGGCAGAAAAAUCGAAGAAGGUCAAGCCAGAAAAUACCUUUCUAGUGAUUGAGAAAACACUCUCAAUAAUAAGCAAUAUUGAUAAAGAAAAUGCAGAUGGUGAAAAUGAAGAAACCGAGCAGGACGAUUUAUUAAUAGAUCUGGAAGGUUCUCCUUCAUUGAUUGAGCACAAACUUCAUGAUGAUAACAUGAGAAUGCGUUCCCCAGUUGGACACAGAAUUAGAACUAACAGUGGCUCAGAAUCUGUAACUGGUGAACUUUCUCACCCACUUUCACCAAUAGCUGAAUCGGCUCAAACUGAUCCUGAUCUUAGAGCUGAAUUACCUGCUACACCAUCCCCUGCUCUAGGACAGGAAAAUACUUUUGGAUUGGAUAACACUGAAAAUUUGUCAGGACUUGUUGGUCAACAAACUUCUAUUCUUGUGAGUCAUUUGAGGCAUGAUAUCAAUUCACCCCAUGCCUCAUCACAGGCAACUCUUGUGUCAAGUUUGUCUCCAAUUGAAGAAACAAGUCUUGAAAGUACAGUUUCAGGUGGGAGUGAAAAACUAUGUCAAACGCCCAAUUCAACUGGAGAAGUCUGUCGUACUGAAACUACUAAAUCAAAGCAAAAACCAAAAGGAAAGAAAAGUAAAGGAAAAAAGGAAAAAUCAAAAGAGAAAAAAAUCCCUGAAGAAGUUGUCAAAAGGAUUGCAAGCUAUUCAGUCCUCUCCAAUAGGAAUGUUCCUUCAAACUUCAGCCUGACUCCGAUGGGCAAGCAAUCUGAUGUGACAUUGGACUUUCGUAGUGGAGUGACAUCUGCUAUGGUACAACCUGAAGACUUUUUCGAAUUCAAAAACAACAACACUUUAGGGGAACCAGUCACAACACAAAGCAAGAUGGAGGCAGAAUUUGAACUGGAAUAUGAUUACCAGCGAAACAAACUACCGGUACCAACAACGCAACAAUUAUACAAGAAUAAAAAACUAUGGAAGAAAGACACUGUACCUAUGAAUGUUAGAAGACUGAAGGAACAAUUCAGAACUCAACUGGAUCAGAUUUGGGAGUGGAUAGACAACUGGCCAGCAUAUCGCAGGACACGAUUACUUCUUGACUUGUUUUCCAAAAGUUCUGACAAGAUGAUAAAAUUCACGGCAGAAUGUUUAAAAGUCAAGACAGCUGAAGCUGAUGAUGCACCACCCCCUAUAGAUAUGCUAUCAGAUGCACUUCUACUAAAAAUAUUUGGAUACUUAUGUCCAUACGACCUCAUGCAAGCUUCAUUUGUAAAUCGUCACUGGCACUCUCUACUGAAUAGUGACUUCUUGUGGAAAGAAAAGUGUGAUGAAAUCGGGAUAAUAUAUGGGAUUCCUUAUCUAUCUGAUCUGCUGUAUGGAAGUGCAGAAAAUAAUCAAGCAUUGGAUUGGAAGCAAGCAUUCACUGAAGUUGAGCAUUAUUUGAGCUUAAAUCUUGAACCUGUUAAAGAUAGUUCCUCAGAGUCUGAGUUGGAAGAAGAAUCUUCAUCUGGUGAAGAGGAAGAAGAGAGAUUCAAAGAUUACAUUCCGUAUUGGAAAUCUCAUCCUCCUGAUGAAAUUCGAGAAAAAAAACAGCAAAGUAUAAAAAGCAUUGAAAAAGAAGUGAAGGAAAAAAGCCCACCAGUAUCGAAGAUUGAACCAAAAUUUGCUGUUGAGAGUGAGAUUGAAAGCCAGGCUUCAAAGAAGAAAGGAGGUUUCCUUCAAAUGUGGAAAAAUAUAACUGAAGAUAUCAAAGAAGACUUAGAUUUUGAUGAUGCCAGGAGUGAUGCUUGUUAUGAUGUUGAUAUGUUUGCUGAUGUUCAGGAAUGGGACGACGUAGGACUCAUGACAAACAUCGGACAAAGAUUUGCUGUUGAUUAUAAGAUAAUGGAUGCCAUGCAAGCUGUUUCUGGAAACUGGAAUAUUGCCGAUCAUGUUCUUGAAGUCAGCAAAGUUCAAGUAUUCAAGGCACACCAUGGAGGUGUGAACGUUAUUAAAGCUCAAGGUAGCAGAAUAUUUAGUGGAAGUACAGACAGAUGCAUAAGAGUUUGGGACAGGAAUGGACAAUGCUUUGCAAAGAUGACGGAUUCGCUAAAAGGGGGUGUCAAUGACAUAUCAAUUGGAUCAGUGGAUGAUUGUAAUGUAAUGUAUACAGCAUCAUGGGAUAUGUCGAUAAGAAUUUGGAACACUGUGACAUUUCGUUUGAAAGGAACAUUGAACGGACAUAAAGGGUCUGUGACGAGAGUUGCUGCAGAUAAUAAGUUUAUAGUCUCCUGCUCUCAUGAUGGCACCAUCAAAAUUUGGGAUCGGAAAAAGUUGAAAUGUGAACGUACUAUAGCAUGCCACAAGGGUGCAGUAGAGUCCAUGAUAUAUCACAAUCGACUGAUCAUCAGCGGCGGAGUGGAUAAAAUGAUUCAUGUAAACAAUUCUUUCACUGGUCGAUUGGUUCGUUCAUUUACUGGACAUCAAGGUCCUGUCACAGCUCUGAAGAAACAGCAUGAUCUCUUACUAAGCGGAGAUGCAACCGGAAUAAUUUAUUUCUGGUCAAUGGCGAGUGAUUCUGAAGAGCAUGUUAGUAUGCUAGUGGCACACGAGUCUCAGAUCAAUGCAAUAUGUAUGCAUGGACCGACAUUCUUCACUGCAUCAAAAGAUGCUUUAAUUAAAGAAUGGGAUCUGACUUCAAUGUUAGCAGUAAGAAUAUUCCAAGGACAUACCGAUGCUGUUACUGAUGUCCUGUGGACAGAAAAAUAUUUACUUUCUGCAAGCAAAGACAACGAUGUCAGAAUCUGGUGGUGGAGAGAGGAUUCAGACGAUACGAGAGUAGAAAUAUUGAAAGAGAAAAACUAAUAUUAUUAGUCGUGUAGUGUUUGUGUGUAGUUAAACAUUUCUCAUUGAACAUUUCCACAUUUAAAGAACGAAGAUUUUUCAAAAAUAAGUACUAAAUAAAUAGUUGUAGUGACCGCUAUUACAAAGAGUCCAAUUUUUAAAUGUAAUUAAAGAGAAAUUUAUUUUUGAACCUUUGCACAUUUAUUAGAGCAAGAUAUUUUUGGUAUUAAGUAUUACAUAGAUAGUUAUAGGGGUUUUUAAUGAGUUUGUUUUAUUUUAAAAUACU